GGAAAAAAACUCUGUUAAUGAUACACGAAAGAAUGCACAAGCACAAUCUAUUACUCUUUUGCAUCGGUUUUUACGCAGCAAACAUAUUCAUAACACAUGCGUCUUGUAGCUCAUGACGAAGAAAAUAUAUUCACUUAGAGAUUAUAUCUAGAAAUUUUGUAUCUUAGUGGUUGAAUUUUAUUGUGUAUAGUAAUAGUAGUAAUAAGUAAAAAUGAAUGUGGACACUGACCAAUUUUUUCAAGAUUCGCAUUACAAUAUCAAUCGGAUUCUCUUAAGCAUCAGUGGUCUAUGGCCUUUUCAUACGAAAGUCAGACGCUACAUGAUAUAUUUCGUAUUAAUAUUGGUUAUUGGAUCUGGAUUCUUUUUUCAGAUAAAAAUACUUCUUAUAAAGAUACAAGAGUAUUCUCUUUCCGCCAAAUCGAAUGAAGAACAUAAAAUACAAAAUUCGCACGCUCUAUUUGGACGAAACUUUGGCUACAUUUACACAUAUGUCAUACUUGGCCACAAUUUGCUUUACACCACUGCAACAUUAUUGACAAGGUUUAUGCAUACACAAGUCGAAAAGAACGAUACGUCAUCAGAUGAAAUAAUAAGCGCUCAAAUUGGAAUAUCUUAUCGCGUCAAUUACUUCGUUGAUUUUGAUACAUAUUACGUUCCAAUUUUUAUUCAUACCAGUCUAUGCACCCUAUGUUAUAUAAUUCUUAUAGUUACAUUUGACGUCUUGUAUAUAACAUUUGUCGAACAUUGUCGCGGUUUGUUCGCGACUGUCAGGUGAGUCAGUUGGAAAUUGUGAGUUAACAAAACAUAAAAUCGUAUGGACGGCCUUUGU